UCUCAUGCUCUUUACACAUUUGCUUAUAAUUUCUUUUUUCAUAAUAACAGACGUGGUCACCGCAAUAAAAAAUCAACCUAAGCUGUGCUUGCGCUAUCGUGAAAAUGACGUAUUUUUAAAUACCUCUCCUGCCUAUUCAGCUGUUGAUUUUUCUGCUGCCUUAUUCCCAGAUCCUUCCGUUAUCUCUGGUCUAAGCAAAAAUGUUGUUGACGAGCCAACCAAAGCAGCUGUACUGAAAAAAACUAGUAUAGCCAUCGACGAGCAACUUAGUACUUUAACAAUGCAAAAAGAUGAACAAGAUGAACCCAAGCCUUUAGUGUCUUUUGAGGAAUGGCAAAAAAAGGCUUUGCAAGAAAAACGAAAAGGAUCGUCGACAUAAACGCAAAUCAGCAGAAGAAGGCACAACGGGCGGUUUGAAGAGACAACAGAUGGUAGAUAGCAUCGAUGGAGGGUUCUCUGAUGAUUUCGGAUCAAUGUUUGAAGAACUGAUUGGCGGGGUUGUUGGAAAAGAAAAAAAACCUAAUGUCUAUGACGAGGGAGAAUAUAUCGCACCCAGUAAAGCAGGAGAAAGAAACACGAAUAAGAAAAUUCAACAAAUGGCUGGGGUCAGAAUGAAAUCAUUAAAAGAAAGAUUCAACUACGCGUCAACAGAUUGUGCAGCAACGGUCAGGAAGGCAAAUAAACAGGCAAAAGGCGCACAGUCUAUCUUGUACGAGUCAAAAGAUCAAUAUUUACUAAAUAAAUGUGCGGCCGAUAAAUUCGUGAUCAUCAAUCUUUGUGAACAAAUUGUUGUUGAUACAAUCGUUAUGGCUAAUUUUGAAUUUUUCUCAAGUACGUUCAAAGAUUUUCGUGUAUAUGCAUCAUCAAAGUACCCUACGAAGGAUUGGAGAUUAUUAGGUCAAUGGCAGGCUAGAAACACUAGGGAUUUGCAGGUUUUUAAAGUCCCUGACAGUGGAUUUGUGGAAUAUAUGAAAAUCGAAUUCCUUACUCAUUAUGGGCACGAAUACUACUGUCCGUUGAGCUUGGUCAGAGUUCAUGGAAUGUCAAUGAUGGAAUAUUAUACAACAGUAGAAAGUCAGGGUGACAAUCCGAUUGUAGAGAAUGAGCACCUUUGGCCAGCAGAAGUUCGUGAACAACUUAUUCAACCUCAAUACGACGUAACAAACACCUCUGAAUCUUUCCCGAUAAAAAAUGAUAUUGAUGAAGAGGAUAUUAAGCCUGUAAUACCGCCUAUAAAUUACAAUGCCCUCGUUGAUUCUGCAGUUGUUCCUACCGCAGAUAUGAGCGAUAUAGUAUAUGAUACAGAGGUUAUAAUCACAGAUCAAGAAGAUGCUUCGAAUGAAAGUAACAUUUCAGAAACAGACUCUAUUACGGAAAGCCAUUCGACAACAACAAAUUCUGAUUCACUGGUAGACCAAAAUGUAUCCCACUUGGCUCUAUCAUCAUCAUCAUCGUCCGUAGCUUCAAUUACUUUAUCCUCAAACAGUACAAAAAAUCCGUCGGAUGCAUCUGAAGAGGGUGAAAAUGAGACUGAUAAAUCUAUGACAACCUCAUCCUUAACGAAAUCAGACACUACCAUCUCAGCAACACGUAUAAAUAUUACCACUGCUGCAGAUAGUAUCAUUUCAUUUUCAGAUGCAGCACAUACUACUUUUCUGCCAAGUACCGGUAUGACAUCAGAAGAGAGCAGGUCUACUCAUUUAUCACACCCAAAGACGACUGCCAAUAACUACCCAAAGGAGGGAAGCACCCAAGAAUCGAUUUACAAGACGAUAAUGAAAAGAUUGACAGUAUUAGAAGGCAAUAUGACACUAUCUUUACGCUAUCUUGAUGAUCAAAAUAAAAAUUUAAAUGGAGUCCUUAAGGACAUGGAAAAAAAACAUCAAGAACAGUUAAUUCAGCUUAUUGGGCACUUAAAUGAAACCGCGAGUUAUAGAAUUGAUAGCAUGAAACGUCGUUACGAGCAAUGGUAUGAGGAUUUGAAGGAUCAAACAGACAGUGAUAUGAGAGAAAUGACUACAAAGAUUAACAUAUUAGCGGAUCAGGUAAAUUGAGUCUCGAAUUUGAAUGGAAACCUAAAAUCUAAGGUUAUUG